AUGUUUUCUUUUGGUAUAUUAAAAAAAUCGAAUAAAGAGGAGGAGGAAAAUCAGGAUAAAAAUGAUGAAGAAAGUAAAGACAUAGAAAAUGAUAACAAUGGGGAAGGAUCAUCUAAUGAACAAGUAAAACAAGAAAAUGAUACUAAAGCGGGAAAUAAGAGAACUAGAAAGCCGGCUAGACGAGGUAGAAAAAGUGCUAAAGAGGAAGAGAAAAAAGAAAAUGAAGAGCCCCAAGAAGAGAAAACUGAAAUCGAAGAGAAAAAAGAAGUCGAGGAAAAAAAAGGAAGGCGAGGAAGAAGAGAACCUGCAGCGAAAAGAGGAAGAAAAGGACAGGCAGCUGAUAAUGAAGAAGCAAAGAAAGACAGUGAUAUAAAAAAAGAAGGGAAAACGGAAAAUGAUAAGUCAGAAAACGACUUAACAAAAGAAAUUAAAAUGGCUGAAGAGUUAAAAGAUAAAGAUGCCAAAGCUAGUGCAUUAACACUUGAAAUAUUAGGGGAUAUCCCAAAUGCCGAUUUAAAACCUCCAGAAAAUAUAUUGUUUGUUUGUAAAUUAAAUCCUAUAACUGAAGAAGAUGAUUUAAAAACAAUAUUUUUAAGAUUUGGUCCUAUAAUUUCAUGUAAUAUUGUAAAGGAUAAAGUAACAAAUAAUUCACUUCAAUAUGCAUUUAUCGAAUUUGAAAAAAAAGAAGAUUGUUUAAAUGCUUACUUUGAAAUGGAUAAUGUUGUUAUAGAUGACAGACGCAUACAUGUUGAUUUUUGUCAAUCUUUAUCAAAAUAUAAAUCAGAUAUGUCUAAAUGGAAAAUUGACAAUACAGAUUUAUUUGAUCGUAUUAAACAUGCAAAUUUUAGUGAUCCAAAUAUAAAAAGAAAUAAAAACAACGAAGAUGAUAGUGUAAGAGUAUUUAAAUAUGAAAGUGAUAAUAACAAAUCAAAUAAAGAUGAAAAAGAUAGAAAAGAAAAUGAUGACGAUAAGCGCAAUAGAAGCAUUAGUAAAUAUGAUUAUAAUAAAAAAAAAAAUAGUGGCUAUUCAAGAUAUGAUAAAUAUCAUAGUGGUCCAUACCCAUAUAGAAGAAAUUCCUUUAAACAUAGAUAUAAUAAUAACUAUAAAAUGGGAAGUGGCGGACCUGGUAAAAACUAUUAUUAUAGAAAAAAUUUUAAUAAUUAUCAUGAUCGAAAUGAUUAUUAUCAUAAUAAAUAUUCCGGAAGAAACGAUAGUAUAACCAAUAAAAAAUAUCAUGGGUAUAAAAAUGACCAUGAAAAUGAUGGCGAUACGAAAUAUGAUAAACAUAAAAAAGAAGAUCGAAGCCGUUCUUAUGAUUCUCAACAUAAAGAUAAAAAAGAACAUUCACACGAGCGUGAUGAUCCAAAUGAUGAAUAUUCUAAGCAAGACAAAAAAGGAAAGGAAAAAGAUGAUGGCCCCAAUGAUUCAGGAAGUGCAGCGGGUGACCAAAAAAAAUAUUAUGAUGAUAAAAAUAAAGAUCACGAUGAUUAUAAUCAAAAAUCAAAUAAAUUUAAAAAUAAUAGAAAUAGUGAAAGAGAUAAUUCCGAAUAUGGUAACCGAAAAAAUUAUAAUGACUAUAAAAAACCGAAUGACGAUAAAUAUUAUUAUGAUAAAAAAAGAAAAUACAAUGAUGAUUAUUAUAGGAAUAAUGACAAUUAUAGAAGGGAUUAUUACAAGGAUAAAAAUCCAUACGACAAAAGACAAAAAAUGUAUGAUGGAAAUAAAUAUGGUGAUAGAUACGACAAAAAAAAUUAUGAUAAUAAAUAUCGUAACGAUGAUUACAAGAAUAGAGACAAUGGAUACGACAAAUAUAGGGAUGACAGAUACAGAGAUGACAGAUACAGAGAUGAUAGAUACAGAGAUGACAGAUAUAGGGAUGAUAAAUAUAGGGAUAAUAGAUAUAAAGAUGACAAAUAUAAAACCGAUAAAUAUAAAAACAAUGAUAAAUAUAACGAUAAAUAUGAUAACUAUAAAGAUAAAAAAUACUAUGAUGAAAAAAAUUCGAAAUCUUAUUAUGACAAUAAAGAUACAAAAACAAAAUAUAAAGACUCAAACAAAAGUAAAGGAAAAUUUAAUUCCGCUGAUAGUCCCCGUAGUUCCAAUGAUAGAUAUGGAUCAAAAAACAAGGAAAAAAAAAACGAUAAAUAUUCUUCAAAAGAUAAAAAAAAAAAUGAUGAUCAUAACAAAUCAGCAUCAAAAAAUUCGUAUGAUGCCAAAUCAAACUCAGCCAAUUCAUCUUAUUAA